AUGUCUAGAUCACGAAUGCCCUUAGUCCUCGGCCUCGGUGCCGCUGGUGGUAUCGGCUACUAUCUCUACAGCGCGGGCGGCAACGCCAAGGCGGCAGAGGCCAAAUUCGAGAGCGACGCCGAUCGAGCAGCUGCAAAAAUCAAGGGCAAGCUCCCCGGCGACUCUCCCGAUGCCGAGAAAGGCUUUAAAAACGUAGGCCAAGAAGCUGGCGCCAAGCUCGACAAAGCUUUGGCCGAUGCCGAUAAAGAAGCCAACAAGCUCAAGAGCAACGCAGAAUCCUACGCCAAGGACGCCAAAAGCGAAACCUUGAAAGCCAUCGACAAGUUUGACCAAAAGGUUGAAGACGGCGCCGCAAAGGCCAAGAGCGGCAUCUCAGGCUGGUUUGGAGGAAGUAGCAAAUAA